AUGCGACCGGGAGGCACGCUGUUCGCCCUGGUAAGCAGCUUGAUGCUGCUGCUCCUCCUGCGUCUGCUCUGGUGCCCGGCGGACGCACCCGCCCGCUCCAGGCUGUUGGUGGAGGAAAGCAGAGAAGACACCAGCGGUACCUCGGCUGCACUGAGGACUCUCUGGAACCCGACGACCCCAGGACCACGCACCAGGAACAGCACAUAUCUGGAUGAGAAGACACCCCAAAUGACAGAGAAAUGCAAAGACUUGCAACAUAGCUUGAACUUGUUAUCUAACAAAACGAGACGGUACUCAGAGGAUGACUACCUUCAGAUCAUCACAAACAUACAGAGAUGUCCAUGGAAGCGGCAAGCAGAAGAAUAUGACAAUUUUAGGGGAGAAAGGCAGCAAGUUGUUAAAAAGAAAAAUGGGAAGGGCUUACUGUCAAUCAGUGCAGCUAAACUCUACAAUCUUUCACAGCCUUUUGUGGAUUAUCCCUAUAACCAGUGUGCAGUGGUUGGCAAUGGGGGAAUUCUGAACAAGUCUCUCUGUGGAGCAGAAAUUGAUAAAUCUGACUUCGUCUUCAGGUGUAACCUCCCCCCAAUCACAGGGAGUGCUAGUAAAGAUGUUGGAAGCAAAACGAAUCUUGUGACUGUCAAUCCCAGCAUCAUAACACUGAAAUACAAGAAUUUGAAGGAGGAGAAAGCAAGGUUUCUGGAAGAUAUUUCCUCCUAUGGAGAUGCAUUUCUUCUCCUGCCAGCCUUUUCCUUUCGGGCCAACACUGGCAUCUCUCUUAAAGUCUACCAAACACUCAAAGAAUCUAAUACGAGGCAAAAGGUUCUCUUCUUCCAUCCCAGGUACCUGAGACACCUCGCUCUUUUCUGGAGAACUAAAGGGGUGACUGCAUUCCGCUUAUCCACAGGCUUGAUGAUUGCAAGCAUUGCGGUAGAGCUGUGUGAAAACGUGAAGCUCUAUGGAUUCUGGCCCUUCUCUAAGACUGUGGAAGAAACGCCUCUCAGUCACCAUUACUAUGACAACAAGUUACCCAAGCAUGGCUUCCACCAGAUGCCUAAAGAGUACAGUCAAAUGCUCCAGCUCCAUAUGAGAGGCAUCCUCAAACUGCAAUUCAGCAAAUGUGAAACGGCUUAACAUCUCUCAGAACGAGAAUGAUUUCAGUGGUUGGAGUGGGUGUGUCACGGCAUCUCCAAACGCUAUGGAAGAAAGCUCAGAACAUGGAGGAUUACAAAAGAGCUCCCCAACUUGGCUAGACCAAAGCCCCCCACUAACUUCGCCAUCCCCACAUGUUACUCAUUCUCACCUUCAAUGUUCUUUCUCUGAGAUAUCAGACUCCAACAAGUAAAAUGAGAUAAUUUUUCAAAUUGGCGUAGAAUUUGAUUUGAGGCAGGGACUCACGGAAUGCUUCCUUGUUCCGAUCCGUGAUAGCCAUUCCCACCUCUAUCAGAGUGGUAAUGAAACUGUGCAAUUGUGCCAAAGACUCUUUCUGAAGACAAUGUCUGAAUCAUGCACCUAGUUCUUACUCACAGAUCUUCUCUUAUUAAUAAACCCUUCCCAUUAUCCUCUCCCUCCUAAAAGAGUACAGAAACAAAAUACCCUUGAUGAUUCAGGAAGAACUUUUUUACUUAGCAAUGUGCCUGCUUCUGAUUCAGUUCACUCGUGACGCUAACUGCUUUGAGGUGUUGGUUGGAUUUGGGGCGUUUCUUCAUCUUGUCUAUAGUUUCCUUACCUUUAUCAGUUUGUACUCAAGCUUCUGUUUUUCUCCCUCCCAAUGACAGGAUCCACUCAAUGACAUAAAGUAGUUUCAGUAUCUUCUAAUACGUUGACUCAUCACAAAGUUACUUGUCUGAUUUAAAAAAAAAAUAGUGAACAUCUAUUUGAUACCAGACCCGAGGACCAUCCUCUGUUGGAGGAUGGGAAGAUAUUUUCACUGGCAGGAAAGCCCGUGUGCACUAUUAAUUGAUA